GAAGAUCAGUUAGUAUCUUUGAUGAUCCAUACCAAUUGGUGAAAGGGAUUCCAACCGAAUACUCUGUUUUACAUUUAGACAUAUCAUAACAAUCAUAUUCGAAAAUAAUGAAUGAUAAAUGAUUGAAUGAUAGAUGAAAUGUUAUGUAUAAUGAUUAAAAAAGAAUGCAUAACUAUUGAUGCCCACCAUCCAUCCAGACAAAUCUGAGUUUUGAAAAUUUCAAAAAGUUCAGUCACUCUAUUUUUUUGUAAUCGUCGCAGAAGAAAGAAAAAGCCUAAACUUAUUUUGUUGGAAGGAACUUUUUCAACAUUUUUUUUUUCUUUUUCUUUUUCAACUUAUACAUACACAUAUAUAUAUUUAUAUAGAAUCAAUGCGAACUACACUUUUUGUCGCCGGGUUUGGAUCCAGAACACGAGCAAGAGAUCUUGCCUAUGAAUUCGAAAGGUAUGGUCGUCUUGUACGAUGUGAUAUCCCUGCUCCCAAAAGUUUUUCUUCCAAACCUUAUGCCUUUGUAGAAUUCGAAGAUCCUCGUGAUGCUGAAGAUUCUUUCAACGAAAUGCACGGAAGACGUAUUGACGGUUAUACCAUUAGUGUUCAGUGGGCACGAAACGCACCUAGCUCUUCAUGGCGCUUUGAUCGAUCACCACGUCGUCGCCGGUCACCUAGUCCUCGAGGCCUACCUCCCCACCCAUCAUAUGGACGUAGUCGAAGUCGGUCUCCUUAUGGUGGACGAUCUCCUCCUCCACCACCACCUCCUUCUUCACUCCAUCACAGCGGCGGAUACCACGGUGGACAUCAUCACCAUCAUCAUCAUCAUCAUCAUCAUCGUGGCCCUCCUUCACCUCUUCGUGGUCGAUCUCCUCCACCUCACGUACGCGACCGACAUGAUCGCUCUCGAUCACCGGCUCCAUUAGGUCGUCCUGAUGAUUAUCCUUAUCCUCCUCCUGGUGGUCGUCCUCUUUCCAAUGAACGUCGUUCCUCUCGAUCUCAAUCUCCACCACCUAUGCAUCUUCGUGGCGCACCUCUUUCUCGAUCUCCUUCUCCGCAAAGACGCUCCAUUUCUCCAAGAAGGUCCCGUAGUCCUCUUUAAUUUUAGUUUUAACUCUUAUGUAGUUGGUAGCAAACAUUUUCUUUUUAUUCAAAUAAAGGCUCUCUUUCUCUUUUGACGUGUGGGUGAACAAUUAAUAAAAAAAAAAAAUUGUUAUUGAUGUCAAC